AUGACCUGCCAUUCUAACACACAUUAUGCUGUGAAGGGCCAACCUUGCUGUGUAAAACUUAAGCAAAGAUCUAGCGAGCUCUUUUCCAUCUUGUUUUUGCUUUAUGGCACACCUGUAGAGACCGAACAACAGACGAAACAGCGUGUACUCAACGGAGCAAACAGCUAUUCAGGCAGUCAGCAAACAGAAUACAUCAACGAAGCGAACUGUCACUGGAAGAAGUAUUACGGAGACGCAAAUUUGCCAAAUCCACCAGCUCCUCUGGCAACAUGUGCUGACACCGGAAAAUGUCCGAUAGAGAAUCAGUCAUCCCCUACAACCUUUGUUUUGGUGGAUAUCACAGAUACCACGGAAAACUAUGGUACCACAUGCACAAUGCCAAACAUUAUUUUGCUGCAUCACACCGUUUCACCGACUGCGGACGCCACAAUCGAGGCGCUGAAUCAAAGAGGACUCUCCGUUCAAUAUAUCGUUGCUCGAAAUGGUACGGUAUACCAACAGGUGCGUGAUUAUUAUCGAGCAUGGCAUGCCGGAGCUGGAUCAUGGCGAGAAAUCCAUGACGUCAAUAGUUACAGCGUUGGAAUCGAGAUUGUGAACACUGGAGAUGAACCAUUCGGACAAACACAGGUGGAUGCAGUGACGGCACUCGUUGCCGUACUGAAAAAAAGAUGGUAUGUGGAAUCGAACUACAUAAUAGCACAUAGCGAUAUUACACCAGCACACAAGGACGAUCCUAGUGGCUAUUUUCCUUGGUCUACGCUCUAUAAUGGACUAUCAGUGUUCCCGAAUCUUUUCACUUCUUCGCUCUCUAAGGAUAAACAGCAUACUGUGAUAAUUGGGAAUAACGUGACCUACUCUUCAGAACGACUAUCUCAAGUGCAGAACGAUUUAAUAGAACGCCAAGAUAACUCUGCGAGAACAUGGCCAAUAGUGGUAUGGAAAUGGGAAUUGAUGCUCGUGAUCUCUAUUACUACCAAAUUCCCGAGCAUUUUACGUUCACUGCACGUGACGGGUGACGACCUCGAAGAAGAGCGGGCAAAGAAAUUGGACGACCUCAGAACCGUUGACGGACGCACUUAUGAAAAGUUUUCCGAAGCAGCAAAGGCUUCUGGAUUCCUUGAUGAUGACACGUAUUAUCGUCAGAGUAUUCAGGAAGCUGCACAGUUUCAGACAGCAGCAACGUUACGAAGUUUUUUUGCUUGCUUGCUCUGUUACUGUGAAGUCGCAAAUGCUGAGGAGCUUUGGAGUGAGUUUUCGGCACCGAUGGCUGACGAUUACAUCAACAGAGGGCUAGGAGCAGAAGAGGCUAUCGUUGUCGCCUAUUUCAACGUCGCCGAUCGGAUGCUACUGCUUGGCAGAGAUUUGGCCCAAAUUAUUGUGCCUCCUACGAAUCAAAGACCUUCACCUCCCGAGGUCCCAAUUGACUAUCAUCAACAUGAAAGUGAAGGAUCGCGAUUAUACGAAUCGUUGAAUACGCAUCAAAAGAGGGCUGCUGAUGACAUCCUUGCAGCAAUGAACCGCAGUGAAAGCCGCUGCUUUUUUAUCGAUGGCCCAGGUGGAACAGGAAAAACGUACCUCUAUAACACCAUUAACAACCUGGCCGUGGGGCGGCGACGUCAGGUGUUGUGCGUUGCUUGGACAGGCAUAGCAGCCAAUCUUCUGCCAGGUGGGCGGACGGUAACCUCAGCCUUCAAGCUCAACAUGGCCGAUGGAAAUCGCACAUCCUUGAUGAAACGCCAGCAAAAAGAAGCAAGACAACUUAUGGCCACUGAAAUUAUCAUCUGGGAUGAGAUUUCAAUGGCCCCAAAGUGCACCCUUGAAGCCGUCGAAUGUUUGUUGCGUGAUAUCAUGCAGAACGAUAAGCCAUUCGGCGGCAAGUUGUUCAUCAUUGGAGGUGAUUUUCGACAAGUGCUACCCAUAGUAGAGCACGGACAGCGAGACGACUUCGUAAAUUCAUGUGUGACGAAUUCUGUUCUGUGGUCACUUUUCAAGACUCAUAGGCUCCAAGUUAAUAUGAGAGCUCGAGAAGCUGGACUUGAGUGGGCGAAUUUCCUCCUGAACUUAGGCAAUGGAAACGCGAACGACGACAAUGGGCGCGUUCAAAUUUCAGAGGAAUUCCGGUGUCAAAGAAGCAUCGUCACGGAGAUUUUCGGUGAAACUAUUAGUGCUGAUGAUACGGACCUUUAUGAACGGGCAAUUUUGGCUCCCACUAAUAUGAGUGUAGGGCAGCAAAAUAACGACGCUUUGCAACGAUUAUGCACAUCCAGUCCACACGAUGAGCGCGUCUACAAAAGCAUUGAUGAAGCACUGUACCACGAAGGAAGUUCAGAUGAACUGUACCCGAUAGAGUAUCUAAACACUUUGGAACCCACGGGAAUGCCACCGCACGAACUUCGACUGAAGAAAGGUGCUAUUAUCAUGCUUCUGCGAAACCUUGACGUUCUCAAUGGUCUGUGCAACGGGACGCGACUAAGAAUAGAAACCCUUGGACGGUAUGUGCUUGGAUGCCGCUUUAUUUGUGGGAGUCGAAGAAAUCAACUAGCUGUAAUACCCAGAAUCGACAACUACUGGGAUAAGCAGUUGCCUUUCCGACUACGAAGAAGGCAAUUCCCCGUACGUCUUGCCUUUGCAAUGACCAUCAACAAAGCACAAGGACAGUCCUUCAACAAAGUGGGAGUGUAUUUGCCAGAAGACGUGUUCAGUCACGGACAACUAUAUGUAGCUUUUUCCCGCGUAAGGACUCCAGUCGGACUGAAGGUCUAUACACCACAUGAAUCAGUGAAAAACAUAGUCUACAAUGAGAUAAAACGAAUAACUUCCGAGAAACAUAAAAUUUUAGCAAACCAAUCACUGCAAGGAAUACGAAUGAAGCUUGGAUACAAUGCACUACCUCUCCAACCAGGCGUUUACGAUAACAACACUGCUUUGGUGUUUGAGGCAUUCAAUCGACACUAUUCUCCGGAAAUUUUUGUUAAAGAAUCGGUUGAUCCACAAACCGAAUCGACAAUCCAUCACCAAUCGAAUCAGUAUUGCACACGUACAGUAGACUGUGGGCUGAAACUGUUUCAAAUAAUCAAAAUAAAAUUUCAGGGGAAACGUGAAAGACAAGUUAGAAGUAGUGAAAGUAAUUUUCUAAGGAAAAAGAAAGGAGAUGAGAAAAAUCGCAAAAGAGAUUUCCUUAGGAAAAAUGAUGAUUUAGAUGAAGAAGCGCUAGGGGGACCAGGAGGAGGAGCAGCAGCAAAGACUUUGGUUGAAAACACUGUGGUUGGCUCUCGCGAUGACAAUCGAUCUAAGUGGGCGAAUACAACGGUUUCUACUAAGACAAUCAAAGCCUUAUCAAGAGAGUUUGCUUCUAAUAAGAGAUACAAGCCAUCUGGUUACACUACAGAAGCUUAUGAUAGAAACGAACCUAAGAACAGGUAUAAUGAUAUAAUAUGUAUUGACGCUACGCGAGUUAUUUUGAGAAAUCGUCAACCGGAUGACGAUUACAUUCACGCAAGUUGGAUGACAAUGCCGGACCAAUUUAAAUAUAUCUGUACACAGGGGCCCCUUCUAGAAACUCUCGAUGAUUUUUGGCAUAUGAUAUUUUGCGAACGUAGUACAGUUAUAGUACAACUAUGCGAUUUUAUUGAAGGAAAACAUGAAAAAUGUCGACCAUAUUUCCCAAAAUUGAAAGGGUCGUCGGAAAAUUUCGGUCCGUACAAGGUUACGAACAAAGAUCAAAAACCAGAUCCAUACGAUUCAGUGAAACAUACACUGCUACUGCUAGAAGGAAAGAAGGAGACCGUUACAGUACAUCACUUCGCUUAUCUAGUAUGGCCUGACCACACAGCACCGGCAGAUCCUGCACCGAUGGUUGGUUGUUAUAAGUUGUGCCGACAACUGGCUGCUGGACAACCAAUAACUGUUCAUUGUUCUGCUGGUAUAGGAAGGUCGGCUACAUUUGUUGCAAUCGAUUACGCUUGGCAAAAAAUUCGAGAGAAUUCCGACACGCACAUGAUAAGCGUGUUGAAAGAUUUACGUGGACAACGUUUUCAAGCGAUCCAAUCUCCAAUACAGUAUAUUUUUCUGCAUAUGUGCAUUCUUGAACUAGCAGCUGAGGAGAAUUUAUUGUCUCGUAAAGGAAAAUAUGGGCCUUUUUUGGGUUCAUACGUUGAUAUGCUCAAAAAAUAUAACAAAAAAGUUGCUGCAGCUGAAGCAAGAGCAGAGGCAGCGGCAGCGGCGAAUGGUUAG